AUGUUCACAAGCUUACUACAAAAUAACAGUCGAAUCCAGCGAUAUAUGUGUACUUUUACACGAGCGGCACUACCCAGAAAGAUAAUUCAAAAUAUUUUUGCUCCCGCAAAUGACAUCAGGCAGUUUAGUAUUCUCAAACCUCUUGCGUCGAAUUUUUAUGACUUUCUAAUAUCCAAUCCCGAAUCGCUAAGCAAACGAACGUCUAGAAGAACUAUUGUGGAAAUUGACGAUUGCAGUAAAUAUCAACGGGUGCUGAAUGAGAAUGAUCAACAACGUAUCGAGGAUAGCGGGAAUACUGGUGAUAGUAUUGAUUUGCAGAAAUCUUUGCAGAAUGGGAUACGUACAAUUGGGAAAUCACCCAGUUCCUGGACCAACGCCAAGAUAGAAUAUAAUGAGAUAGGAUCAUUAUUGGAACAUCCGGGAAGAUCCAUGACCUCACGCGCAUUUGGGAAACUCAGGUCAUUUCCUCAUAGGAAUCUUACCACCCGGGAAAUAAUCGAUGCGAAAAAUCGGGCGCGGAUCAUUGGUUUAUUAGAUUUUGACGAGAUCAACGAUAAAUCAUAUAUCAAAGAACAUUAUGACAACCGAUUUGAAACCCCAGAGUUUGGAGCAGUGGAGGAGCUGGAUAUUAAAUUGGAAAUUUCCGAGGUCCGAGAUCGGAUAAAGACAUGGUUGAGCUCCGAGUAUCGAUUAAGUGAAGACAAUACAGAGACGAAUCGCAUGAUUGAGAAGACGAUGGACUCGUUGACCUCAUUUGAUUUCAAUAUUGGAAACACCAUCACUACGUCAGAAAAGCUUGUCAUGUUGGGGAAAAGUAUGUACGAUUUAAGCGUGUCAAGGUAUCUUUUGGAUCAUAAAGCCAACCUGAGAAUCCCGAAGACAAGAAGAUAUGACUUUAGGUUUCCCGAAUACAAUAAAAUUUAUGAUUUGUCAUUGAUCAAUAGAUAUGAUUUCAACCAUAGCAAGGACAAGGAGGACGAUUUUGUUGGCGGGUUGAUCAUGCUAGACUCUUCCAACUCAAGAUUAUUCAACGAGUUCUUAACAUUGAAUCACCUAACGAGGCUGAAGAUAUCAUCAAAAAUGUUUAUGCCUAACCCAUUACGGAAAAAUUCGAAAUGGAUUCUUAAGUUCAAACCAAAUGUGACAUCAUAUCUCAAGAACGUCAAAAUUUUGCGCAAUUCAGUACAUUACACCCCAAGAUUUUUGCGUCAUUACAAGUUUGGAAAAGGUAAUUUGCACAAGACAAAAAAAUUGAUUACUUUGAAAAAGUACCAUAAAUACCAACGCAGGGCCAAGCUUGAUAAUAUCAUAGAUAGCAAUUGCAAUCUUUUUUUCAUGUUAAUUGGGUUAGUAAAGAUGGCAUGUGGAGAUAAGAAAGCAUACAAGUUUGUGGUUGAGAAGUUGUUGAAAAGUGAGAAUGGGAUUUUGGAAUUAUCUUUGAAAAACAAAUGA